ACGAGGUGGUCUAGCGGGGCGCGCAGAGCUAAUUGCUUUAAUUGCAAUCUCUUUCCGAGACGGCCGCGAUACUUUUUGUAGCACCAAUAAAUCGAGAGUUCUGGGAGAAAUCGGAAGGUGAAUCAGCAUUAUAGUUACAGCGGUAACUCUACCUACGCACGUUCAUUAACCUUUAUUGAAGUUGAUUUCCGGUCCGGUUUUCGAUUUUGUCAAGAGUGUCGCGCGUUCCGGUCACCAGUGACCGAAAACGCGUGGGCUCUGGGGAAGAGAAUUGCUUUGUGACGUUCCCGCCCAUUGUUUGUGCGCAUCAUUGCUGCGCAUGAAACUCAUGUCGCUAUGUUACGCGACGUCUGAUCCGGCCCAUCGAGAAGAAAGAUAAACAGAUGCUUAUGGCGUAUCCUGUGAGCGUUCCAUUGGCUAGAGAAAAAUCAACACUCGUAUCGUCUUCUAGUUUCCAGGUGCGUCGUUACUGGGCGAAAAAUAUGAUUUGGACGGUUGUUAAAAGGAACAGAUUCAUAUUGCUCUUCAUUGCCGUGCUAAGCCCGCUUAUGUACCAUUUUCUGCUGGAGAGAGAUCGUAAGUAUUUGCACUCCACAUUGGUUUUUUGUGUGUCAUUGUGUGCUUACAUAUUGUUUCUUCAUCUUUCGUUAUCCUCGGGGAAUACCUUUGAAGUUCAAUGCUAUUUCUAUUUGUGUUUUCAGACUGAUAUUGAAUUUAGUAGAGCAGUGGCUAAUGACAUCAAACAAAGAUUUCUUGAGGAUGUUCAUUCAGGAUUAGUAGAAAUAGUUUCACCUUCUGAAAGUUAUUACCCAGACCUUGACAGCGUGCCACUGACAUUUGGUGAUUCUAGAGAGAGAGUCAAGUGGAGAACAAAGCAGAAUCUUGAUUUUUGCUUUUUAAUGAUGUAUUGCCAGAGGAAAGCAAGAUUCUAUGUUCAGCUUGAAGAUGACAUUGUAGCCACUCCUUCAUUCGCCUCUACAAUAAAAACAUUUGCGCUCCAACAGGAAUCAAAUGAUUGGCUUAUACUGGAGUUUUCAGCACUUGGAUUUAUAGGGAAGCUCUUUCGCUGUAGUGAUCUGAGUAUGGUGGUUGAAUUCUUCCUAAUGUUUCAUAAAGACAAGCCAGUCGACUGGCUUAUGGAUCACAUCCUGUGGGUGAAAGUCUGCAACCCAGAAAAAGAUGCACAACAUUGUGCAAGAGAGAAGUUGCACCUGCGUAUUAGGUUCAAGCCAUCGCUAUUUCAACAUGUAGGAAAAGAAUCAUCACUGAAAGGAAAGAAACAAAACUUAAUUGAUAAAGACUUCAAGAAAGCACCAUUAUUCCAGGCUCACUUGAACCCUAAGGCUGAUGCUGUUACAACAGUGGAAUCUUACCAAGCAUACAUGAUUGACCGUGCAUAUAUGGGGCAGACAUUCUUCUGGGCUUUUCCUCCCCAUGCUGAUGAUGUUAUGAGAUUCAAAUUCCAUCAAGAAAUUAUGAUAGAAAAGUUUCGUUUCAAGUCAGGAAAUCUUGAACAUCCUGGUGACUUUAUUAGAAAUGCUUCUGUGGAAGUUCUUCCAGUGUCAGCAUUAGUUCAAGCACACAAGAUGCCAGAACCUGGACGAGAUGGAUCACCUGAAGCAAAGAAAAAUUUCAUGAAGUACGAGUUUCCAUUGUCAAGUUACACCCAAGUGGGCACAUUCACAGCCACUGGCUUAGCAGAGGGCACAGUACCUCAAGGAAUCGGAAAAGUGGUGGAAAUGAGAAUACGUGUAUUAGGCCACAAUAGUGAAAGCUGGAUCAUUUUAAGUGAGAUACACAUUGUCACAAGGGAUAGUGGUAGCUGACAGAGCUAGAGAUCAAUAGGAUGUAAAUGUAAUAUUUUUUUAAAAAAGAAAUUGGUAUAGUUGCAAAUUUUAAGCAAUUCAUGUAGGGUAUUCAAAUGUAAUGUUUCCAAUAAUUUAACAACUUAAUUAAGUGCCCGAGGAUUGCAUUAUUCAGCCUGUGAACAACUAAGCCGUACCUGGUAUGUACGUGAAUGAAUUUUAUUUGACAUAAUGUAAGUGCAGUUUUUUCUUCGGUAAUGAAAAAGUAACUAAAUGUUUGUCUUUACUCUCUAAAAAAACUGUUUUGCUAUAACAGUGCCAGGCACAUGAAACACCAGUUGAUUAUCAACUUGAAGCUGGUAAAGGUAGUUCUGAGCCUUUUACUGGAGGUAGCACUUCGUGCUAGUAAUGCUUGAAACCUCAGCUUUUCAAGUGUUUCUAUUAAAUUCAAGUUCAUAAACAACUAGGGGUUUUUAAAAUCUAUAGUUUCAUGCAAUCAAGAUAUUAAAAUAACUGGGUACUAUCACAGAUUCAAGGCUUAAUUGUUCACCAGGACCAGUUUUUCAAAAUAGUACAUCAGACAUGUAAUACAUGGGAAGGGCCAGGUAGCAGUGCCUAUUACGUUAUUAUUAAGAACAGGCUAUGAUUGGUCGUUAAAAAACCAUGGGUUUUGCCAAAUUUCACAGGUCUUGCAGUCUCAUUCUUUUAGUGCUUUGUGGGUCUUGCAAUCUCUAUAUUUUCAUAAGACUGUCAUGGAGUAUCAAUUUUUGCAAGGCCAAGAAAGUUUCAAAGUCCUGAUUUGUUGUUUGUUUUUAUAAAUUAUGAUGUCUAAAUGUCUUAAAUCCUGACGUCUCAUGCUCCCAGUUAAACACUUUGAAGUCUUGGUCUCACAAUUUAAAAGUCAAAGUAUCUCAUGCUCACAAAGAAAAAUGCUAGUCUUGCUCCUCAUAAAGUCUUGCAUCAACCAUUCACCACACCUUUAAUAAUAAUUUAUCAGUCUGCUUAUUCAGAUUUCUUAUCCUGUAAAUAAAAAAGUGAACCGAGACAAGAUAACAAAGCGAUUACUUUUGAAACAACAGAAUAAUAUAAUUAUAACAAAAUAAUAUAAUUGGUAAUAAUAUUGACUUGGUUUUGUAAAACUAAUAUUUUUUAUUACUUAACAUACAGUCAAGCUUUCUUACAAGCCCUCGUCUGAUCUUUUACCAGCUAUAAGGUCCCUUUACAGAGUUCUCGUUCUUUGACAAGUCUUAAGUACUUGCUAAAUAUCACGUAAAAUUUCAUACAAUCAAUUUUUAUUUUUUUUACAUUUUGUUUGGUAGUGAAUGCAAAAUUAAGAUGUUAAGACUUGGUUUGAAACAUUGUUUCGAGCAGAUCUAAAUGAUUAUAUUAUAAAGGUAAGAAGGAACACAAUUUAUUAAAGAAGAUUGAGGUGGUUUAAAACAAGGAAUUUGGUUAUUUUAGGCUAGGUGGACCUUUCUUCCUUGUAUACAAUUCUUUGUACAGGAUCAGAAGCAUAUCACCUCGAGAGGUGAUACGCUUCUGACGAGAUAUAAUGCUGACAAAAAGUUGCUUUACAGAUAAUUCACUUUGUUGGGGAAGUUUUAUUUCCUUGGUAGUAGAUAACUAAAAAACCAUUAAAUGCUACAAUGACUGCUUUUUAAGAUCGUGCAAACUUUGAUCUUUGUUAUUUAGACCCAUUUUGUUUUUUUCCCUUCCUUUCAAGGUUGAUCUAGCUAGCUAGCUAGUUCAAUUACUCACCAAAUCACAUCACUCAGUUGUUUCACUGCCAUGCAUGGCCUGUGAGAAAUCUGUUCCUUUCUUUAAAAUAUGUUAUGGGAAGUGGUUUUUCACAAGUGAGGCAAAUCAAAUUUUGUCAAAACUCUCUAGCCUGUCUCCCACUUUUUCUUUCAGGGAGGGCAGCUGUGACACAGGCUAACACUUUCUUAGGGCACUGUCUAAGCAUAGUUUAAUAGUAAAUUUCUUUAGUGAUGUAUUUCUUAGAAUCAAACCCUGCUUUGUGUAUGGUCACCAUCUCAAUGCAGACAGUGAGGCACUCUUAGACUUUUUGUCCCAUUCUCGUUAGCUUUCUCAGACAUCAUAUUAAUCAGGACACUUCAGAAUCCAGAGUGAUAUUGCUCUCUAAACAAAGGAAGGAUUCCAGGCAAUGCACACGAAUUCCCCAACAUGUCCCUGUAGAGAAACCCCGAGGGAAGCUUAUCAUGUAUAGUUCAUAGAAUUGUUAAAUUGUUAAUAGUUUUAUGCAGAAUGUUUCAGAAGAAAAUAUUAUAAAUAUUGUUUGUUACCUGGA